AUGCCUGGACGUAGGACCUUUCUUAUUGGGGGAGGAUGCACGGCAUUCAUUAAGCCACGGGCAACGAGGAGCACAGAAGACAUGGGGCUUGAGGCUGCAACGAAAGCCCUACUCGAUGCUGGUAUAAACUACGACACGAUCCAGAAUGCCUUCGUAGGUUACUGCUACGGCGACUCGACCAGUGGACAGCGCGCCCUCUACAACCUUGGCCUCACCAAUAUCCCGAUCAUUAAUGUAAAUAACAAUUGCUCAACCGGUUCCUCUGCACUUUAUCAGGCAAACAACGCCGUGAAAUACGGCGAAGUUGAGUGUUCGAUGGCGCUUGGGUUUGAGCGAAUGAAACCUGGCAGUCUGGGAACCAACUUCCCUGAUCGGCCAAGUCCCAUGCAGUUAUUCAACCAGCGUUCUUUCGAUCUCGAAGCCGAGCUGGGCGAGAAUCACGGGCCUGGUGCUCCUCGCAUGUUUGACAACGGCGCCCAAGAGUAUUUCGACAAAUAUGGAGGUGGUGUCGAGCAUCUGGCGAAAAUCGCAUCCAAGAACCACAAGCACUCUUUGAACAAUCCUUACUCCCAAUUCAGAGAUGGUUGGAGCGUCGAGAAGGUCCUUGCCGCACCAAAGAUUACCAGAAACUUGACAAAGUUCAUGUGCAGUCCCACAUCAGACGGUGCAGCCUGCUGCAUCGUAGCUUCUGAAGAUUUCGUGCACGCACAUGGCCUCGAAAACCAGGCUAUUGAGAUUGUCGCUCAAGCUCUCACUACUGAUGGGCACAGCACCUUCGAGGGACGCAGUGCUAUGGACGUAGUCGGUUACGAGAUGUCCAAAAUUUGUGCGGAUAAGGUGUUCAAAGAAGCAGGAUUCGCGGAGGGGCAGGGCAGGGAUCAAGUCGGAGUCGUUGAGCUGCACGACUGCUUCGCAGCUAACGAGCUCAUCACAUACCAAGCCCUGGGGCUGUGUGCUCCCGGAGAGGCGCACAAGAUGGUUGAACGUGGUGAUAACACUUAUGGAGGGAAAUAUGUUGUCAACCCCAGCGGUGGUCUUGAGGCCAAGGGUCAUCCUCUGGGAGCCACUGGCCUCGGGAUGCAUUUCUAUAUCAUGAGGGCGGGACCUAUGCAAGCUCCGGGGCUUUUCAACGUUCCGGACAAACGCGGAAAAUAUGGGCUUGUCCAUAACGUUGGGUUAGGAGGGGCUGUCGUCGUAUCUUUACUUCGCCGGCCCGAAUUCUUCAAGCCUGGUGGUAAAGACGGAAGAACGAGACUGGGAUAUAACCAUGCUCACGAGUGUCGUCCGAUCACUAUGGCCGAUGUCGACAAAGUCAAGUCGAAGACUGCAUCGCCAUAUGUUCUUCUUCACGCCAAACUGUGA